AUGCUGCAGAACGCUCUGCGUGCCAGCCGCCCGCUGCUGGUGCCCCAAUUGCGGGGCGCCAAGCAGAGCCAGACCAGGCUCUAUGGGUUCGGCUCGCACGUGGCGGACAAUGACCCAGAGACGCUGGAGAAGGAGAAGCAGAAGCAGCUCAAGGGCACCCGCCCGGGCACUCACUGCCACCCUCUCCAGCUGGCCGCAGGGAAGACCGUGUCGCACAUCAAGCAGGUGCCGGGGUGGAACGAGCAUCUGGCGUCAGACUCCGAGGCGGUGGUGAAGGCGGAGCGCGAAUGUCCCGACUGCCCCAUCGACGAGAUGCAGCGGCAGACUGUGGACACUCUGAAGGAGGAGGAGGAGGAGGAUGCAUCUACACAGGACGUCGAGCCCAAGUCUGGGGCGAUGGGCGGAGCCUGA